GCCCAAUCACCAAGCACCACUUUUUUAUUUGAUUCCAAAGGCUGAUGGCAGUCUGUUGUGUCUUUUUGUACAUCUGAUGAUUCUUGAAACUCUUUUAUCACCCUGUUUUAUGCUCCUGUUUCCAGCUAUUAUCUGCCUUCGCUUUUACUUCCCCAGGGUACUUGGUUAAGUGUCACUGUUGAGUGGAUUUUGGGAUUUUUUUGUUUUCUGGGAAAAAAGAUGAGUGGAGCUGUGCUUGUAGCUGUUGUAGCGGCUAUUGGUAACUUGUUGCAAGGAUGGGAUAAUGCUACCAUUGCAGGCGCUGUUCUAUACAUAAAGAGAGAGUUUAAAUUGGAAAGCGAACCGACUAUAGAGGGUCUGAUUGUAGCCAUGUCUCUUAUCGGAGCCACAUGCAUUACUACAUGCUCAGGAGGAAUAUCGGACUGGCUAGGUCGCCGCCCAAUGCUAAUAAUCUCGUCCGUUCUUUAUUGUCUUAGUGGUCUUGUAAUGUUAUGGUCUCCUAAUGUUUUUAUCUUGCUAUUGGCAAGACUUUUGGAUGGGUUUGGGGUUGGUUUAGCAGUAACUCUGGUCCCAGUUUACAUAUCCGAGACUGCACCACCCGAAAUAAGGGGAUUGUUGAAUACCCUUCCGCAGUUUACUGGUUCUAUUGGAAUGUUUUUGUCAUAUUGCAUGGUUUUUGGAAUGUCGUUAACGGACUUACCGAAUUGGAGAAUUAUGCUUGGAGUUCUUUCUAUUCCAUCUCUUAUCUAUUUUGCAUUAACUGUUUUCUUCUUGCCCGAGUCACCAAGAUGGCUGGUAAGUAAAGGGCGAAUGAGCGAGGCGAAAAAAGUUUUGCAGAGACUACGUGGCAGGGAAGAUGUUGCUGGUGAGAUGGCAUUGCUAAUUGAGGGACUUGGUGUUGGAGGUGAAACCUCGAUAGAGGAGUACAUAAUUGGUCCAGCCAACGAGGACAUCGAAGACCAAGAUAUAUCUGCUGAUAAAGAUCAAAUCAAGUUAUAUGGAGCCGAACAAGGUCUUUCCUGGGUGGCCAGACCUGUCACUGGACAGAGUACUCUAGGUUCUGUGUCUCGGCAUGGAAGCGUAGCUUCUCAGAGUGCUCUUGGUCUUGUUGAUCCUCUUGUUACCCUCUUUGGAAGUGUCCAUGAGAAGGUUCCGGAAACAGGAAGUAUGCGUAGCGCACUUUUUCCGCACUUUGGUAGCAUGUUCAGCGUUGGAGGUAAUCAAGCUAGAAACGAAGAGUGGGAUGACGAUAUUGUUCCUAGAGAGGGCGAGGACUACCAAUCCGAUGGUGGCGAUGGUGAUUCAGAUGACAAUUUGCAUAGUCCUUUGAUCUCCCGGCAAACAACCAGUUUGGACAAGGACAUAGUUCCAGCUGCCCACGGUACUCUUACAAGCCUAAGACAUGGUAGUCUAAUGCAAUCAACUACCGGAGAACAAGUCGGUAGCAUGGGUAUUGGUGGUGGUUGGCAGAUAGCAUGGCAAUUGUCUGAAAAAGAAGGUCCGGAUGGGAAAAAGCAAGGGGGCUUUAAAAGAAUUUAUUUACACUCAGCGGGUACACCUGGAUCGAUGCGUGGAUCAGUAGUUUCUCUUCCUGGUGCUGAAGCCCCUGAAGACAGUGAGUAUGUCCAAGCUGCUGCGUUGGUGAGUGAGCCGGCUCUUUAUUCCACUGAGCUUAUGAAGCAGCAUCCAGUUGGACCGGCUAUGGUUCAUCCGGCCGAAACUGCCAUGGGACCAAGUUGGAAGGAUCUCUUUGAACCGGGAGUCAAGCACGCUUUAGCAGUAGGGGUCGGAAUUCAAUUACUUCAGCAGUUUUCCGGUAUAAAUGGAGUGCUAUACUAUACUCCCCAAAUUCUUGAGCAGGCAGGAGUCGGAGUUCUUCUUUCGAACUUGGGCAUCAGUUCAUCUUCUGCAUCUCUUCUUAUCAGUGGAAUUACGACCUUGUUGAUGCUUCCUAGUAUUGCAGUUGCGAUGCGGCUUAUGGAUGUUGCCGGUAGAAGGAGUUUGCUGCUCACCACAAUCCCGGUCCUGAUAACAUCUCUUGUCGUCUUAGUCAUUGGAAGCGUUGUGGAAAUGGGGAACGUUGUGCACGCUGCAAUCUCGACCGUUAGUGUUGUGCUAUACUUCUGUUUCUUUGUCAUGGGAUUCGGGCCGAUCCCAAACAUACUCUGUGCCGAGAUCUUCCCGACACGGAUCCGUGGCCUAUGCAUCGCUAUAUGCGCCCUUACAUUCUGGAUUUGCGACAUCAUCGUCACAUAUUCACUCCCGGUGCUGCUCAAAUCGAUAGGUUUAGCCGGCGUCUUCGGGAUGUAUGCCGUCGUAUGUGUUAUAUCAUGGGUGUUUGUGUUCUUAAAAGUGCCCGAAACCAAAGGCAUGCCCCUUGAAGUCAUUACAGAGUUCUUUUCCGUUGGUGCGAAGCAAGCUUCAGCUGCCAAGAACAACUGAGUUUGGUUAAAUAUUUGAUGGAUAUUUUGAAAGUUUUGACGACUGAUGCUCAAAUUUAUUGGCAAAAUAGGCAGUUUGAUUUAUGUAGAAAAAGAUUUUAAAAAUACUUUAUGAUUUGCUAUUUGUU